UGAGAGGGUGUCGAAGCAUAUAGAAGUGGAUAUAGUUCGAUGAUCUAUUUGAUAAAUUAAAAUGGAGAGUGUAAGAGAGAGUUCAUUAUCAAGCUUGAUGCUUUUCUUGUUCGGUCUUGCUUAUGUUGUGUUCUUGCUAAACUCAAACUGUGUUAAUGGAUUACGAGACCUAAAGGAGAGAGAUGCAAGCGAGAGUAAUUUUGUGAAUGCUACUUCUUCAAGCGUUUUGGACUCUAAAAGUACUGCCAACAUUUCGACCGUUGAGUUUGAAAAUGCUUUAGAUGAUCAGAAUGUAAAUAAGACUGAAAAAUGUGAAUCACGAGCCGGAGGCGGAGGAGGAGGUGGUGGUGGUGGUGGAGGAGGAGGAGGAGGUCAAGGCAGUGGGGGCGGAGGUGGAGAAGGAAAUGGUGGGAAUGGAAAAGACAAUUCCCACAAAAGGAACAAAAGUAGCGGUGGUGGUGGUGGUGGCGGAGGAGGAGGAGGUGGGGGUAGCGGAAAUGGCUCAGGCCGUGGUCGGGGUGGAGGAGGUGGUGGUGGCGGUGGUGGAGGAGGAGGCGGUGGAGGAGGAGGAGGAGGCGGCGGAGGAGGAGGAGGAGGAGGAGGAAGUGAUGGGAAAGGCGGAGGAUGGGGAUUUGGAUUUGGAUGGGGAGGUGAUGGACCCGGCGGAAACUUUGGUCGUUGUUGGUAUCCCGGUUGUACUAAAAAGUCAACGGAAAGUCAUAAUUAAAACAUAGCAAUGAUAUGUCUUAAAGCCAUGCUUUUUCACCACAACAUAAACACACAAUAAUUCCUUUGUUUUUUUCCUUUUUCAAUGGCCUUAAGACAACAACGAUUUCUUUCUGUUUUGCAAUGUCUUGGGGGAUUGUGCUUCCAAUGAAAAACUAAAUGGUAAUGUUUCCGAAUUUGUUUGUUCUUUUCUCACUGAUCUUUCCACAUUUUGCUACUUAGUUAUAAAUGAUUUUCCCAAUUCUUUCACAGUUUCACUUCCGGACCAAAAUUUUUGAUAAGGAUCCAAAAGUU